CUUGGUGUUUAAUGAUGAACACAUUGUUUAACAGUGCUGAGACAGCAGAGUAUUAAUUAUUGCUGAUAUUUCUGUUGUAAUUCUAGAAUGAUGGAGGGAAAGAGAUCAGACUCACCAGAACCCAGCUGUGUGUCCAUGAAGAGUGACCAGUCAAUGGAUCCUCCAAUUAAGUUCAGAGACAGAGACAGUUCUACUGAUGUGAGACCACAAAAGAAGAAAUCAAACAUCAGCAGAAAUCAGUUGGAGUCCAUAUUCAAGGAGCUGGAACACAAAGUCAUCACUCUGAUAAAGAAUGAGCUGAAGAGGUUUAGGAAGCUCCUGAGUCCAGAUUACCCAGCAUGCACUGAGAGGGAGGUGGAGGAUGAGGAGGAUCUGCACAGUGUCAGAGAGGGAGCGCUGAAGAUCACACUGCACGUCCUGAAGAACAUGAACCACACAGAUCUCGCUAACACACUGCACAACAAACUCACCUCUGUGUAUCAAAGUUCAAAUCCAACCUGAAAGAGAAGUUUAAAAGAAUUAAUGAAGGAAUUUCACAGCAUGGAAGCUCAGCACUUCUGAAUGAGAUCUACACAGAGCUCUACAUCACAGAGGGUUGGAGUGGAGACGUCAAUAAUGAACAUGAGAUGAGACAGAUUGAGACAGCGUCCAGGAGACCAGCAACACAGGAGACACCCAUCAAAUGUAAUGACCUUUUUAAAGACAAGUCCGUCAGAACUGUGCUGACUAAAGGAGUUGCUGGAAUUGGAAAAACAGUCUCUGUGCAGAAGUUCAUUCUGGACUGGGCUGAAGGAAAAGCAAAUCAGGACGUCUUCUUCAUGUUUCCACUUCCCUUUAGAGAGCUGAAUUUGAUGAAGCAGGAACAUCUCAGUCUGAUGAAUCUUCUUCAUCACUUUUUCCCAGAAAUGAGAAAACUACAAUUAAUAGACUCCUACAAAGUGGUGUUGAUCUUUGAUGGUCUGGAUGAGUGUCGACUUCCUCUAAAUUUCCAGAACAAUGAGAGAUUGUGUGAUGUGACAGAGUCAGCCUCAGUGGAUGUGCUGCUGACAAACCUUAUCAAGGGGAAUCUGCUUCCUUCUGCUCUCCUCUGGAUAACCUCUCGACCAGGAGCAGCCAGUCAGAUCCCUCCUGAGUGUGUAGACCAGGUAACAGAGGUACGAGGCUUCAGCGAUCCUCAGAAAGAGGAGUACUUCAGGAAGAGGAUCAGUGAUCAGAGCCUGGCCAGUAAAAUCAUCAGACACAUGAAGUCUUCCAGAAGCCUCUACAUCAUGUGCCACAUCCCAGUCUUCUCCUGGAUUUCAGCAACUGUUCUAGAGAGAAUGUUGGUUGAAGCAGAGAGUGGAGAGAUCCCCAAGACUCUGACUCAAAUGUUCACACACUUCCUGAUCUUUCAGAUCAAACACAAGGACCAAAAGUACCAUCAGAACUGUGACCCUGAUCCUCAGCACACCAGAGAGAGUAUCCUGGCACUGGGAAAACUGGCUUUCCAACAGCUGGAGAAAGGAAACCUGAUCUUCUAUGAGGAAGAUCUGAAAGAGUGUGGCAUUGAUGUCAGAGAAGUGUCAGUGUACUCAGGAGUGUGUACCCAAAUCUUCAGAGAGGAGUUUGGGCUUCACCUGGGGAAGGUGUUCAGCUUUGUACAUCUGAGUGUUCAGGAGUUUCUGGCUGCUUUAUAUGCAUUUCUCUCCUCCAUCAGCAGAAAUGUAACCAAUCAACAAACCACUGAUCUGUCUGAUCUUCUCAGAAAGUCAAACAUGUCUGAUUUCCUCAGGAGUGCAGUGGACAAGGCCUUACAGAGCGAGAAUGGACACCUGGACCUGUUCCUCCGCUUCCUAAUGGGUCUCUCACUGGAGUCCAAUCAGACUCUCUUACGAGGCUUAAUGCCACAGACAGGAAGCAGCUCUCACAGCAAACAGGAAACAGUCAAGUACAUCAAGGAGAAGAUCAGGAAGAAUCCAUCUCCAGAGAAAUCCAUCAAUCUGUUUCACUGUCUGAAUGAACUGAAUGAUCAUUCUCUAGUGCAGGAAGUACAAUCUUACCUGAACAGAGGAGGUUACAGGUGUCUCAGUGGAACGAGACUCUCUCCUGCUCAGUGGUCAGCUCUGGUGUUUGUGUUACUGAACUCAGAACAGGAGCUGGAUGAGUUUAAUUUGAGGAAAUAUGACCCUUCAGAGGAAGGUCUUCUGAGGCUGCUGCCAGUGGUCAAAGUCUCCACAAAAGCUGUUUUGUAUGGGUGUAAUCUGACAGAGGAAAGCUGUAGAGUUCUGUCCUCAGUUCUCAGCUCAAACUCCUCCAGUCUGAGAGAACUGGAUCUGUGUCACAAUAAACUGCAGGAUUCAGGAGUGAAGCUGCUCUCUGCUGGACUGGAGGAUCCACACUGUACAGUGGAGACACUGAGGCUGUGUGAGUGUAAUCUGACAGAGGAAAGCUGUAGAGUUCUGUCCUCAGUUCUCAGCUCAAACUCCUCCAGUCUGAGAGAACUGAACCUGAGUGAGAAUAAACUGCAGGAUUCAGGAGUGAAGCUGCUCUCUGCUGGACUGGAGAAUCCACACUGUACACUGGAGAUACUGAGUCUGCGUGAGUGUAAUCUGACAGAGGAAAGCUGUAGAGUUCUGUCCUCAGUUCUCAGCUCAAACUCCUCCAGUCUGAGAGAACUGGACCUGAGUAACAAUAAUCUGCAGGAUUCAGGAGUGAAGCUGCUCUCUGCUGGACUGGAGAAUCCACACUGUACACUGGAGACACUAAGGAUGUGGGGCUGCAGUAUUACAGAUGAAGGUUGUGCUGCUUUGUCUUCAGCCCUGAGGUCAAACUCCUCAUCACACCUGAAAGAACUGGAUCUGAACUGUAAUAAUCCAGGAGAAUCAGGAGUGAAGCUGCUCUCUGAUCUACUGAAGGAUCCACAUUGUAAACUGGAGACACUACACAUUAAGGAUUAUAAACUCACCAGAAUGGAUGUGUAAGAGAUCUAAUCACAAAUGCUCCUGACAGAGACUACUUUAUUGUUGGCUUAGAUCAGGAAAAAAAGCAUUUGAUUUUAUCUCAAGAGAAUAUCUAUGGAAUUUUGUUUUCCUGAUAGUGAAACAACGCUGCAGCUCUUCUACAGAAAAUAUUCAAGAGAACAAGGAGGAUGAACCGACACACACAAACAAAUAAAGAUAUCUGCUUAUGCAGAUGAUAGAACCGUUUUUAUAAAGAACCAAAAGGAACUUGAUAUAAUAAAUAAACAUUUUAAAAAUGAUGAAAAAAUCUCUGGGUUCAAAUGAAAGCUGAAUAAAACAGAGGCAGUGUGGAUGGACUGCAGCGCUGCUCCGCCUUUACACAUAGAAAGUAAAGAUGAAAGUAAACAUAGAAAGUAAAGAUAAAAUCAAAAUAUUAUAACACACAACGAGUGUCCUGAACACAACUGGCAAAUAAAGGAACAAGAAAUUACAUCUGAAAUUGAAACGUGGAAAGAAUCCAAUUACAAAACCAGAACACAAAUAAUAAACCUUGAUACUAUCCAAGCUUUUAUUUUUAGCCACUGUUUUUCCACCUGAUGAUAAAAAUAUCAGCGAUUAAACAAAAUGUGAGCUUUAUUUGGGGAAAUAACAGAGAGGUGAUGAAGAGAGAAGUUUUAUUUAAAACUAAAGAACAAGGAGGACUGAAUGCAGCUGAAUUAGGGAAUAAAUGAAAGACAGCAUUUUGUAAGAAUGUGACACAAGAAACUCAGAGUGGAAAUCCUAUAAAACAGAAUAUUGAGUUGAAUCAGAUCAUUUAGCUGUUUCAGUGAGAAUGAAC